AUGUUGCAGGAAAUCAACCAGGAAGCCAGGCUCUUACCCAACAUCACCCUGGGCUACAACCUCUAUGAGAACUUUUUUGAUGCAAGGAUGACUUCUGAUGCCAUGCUAGACCUGCUUGCAGGCGGGGAAAGCAAUAUUCCAAACUAUAGCUGUGGAAAAGAGAAUAACCUCCUGGCUGUUCUUGAAGCGUCUGAUUCUCUGAUCUCCAAACAGAUUUCAGCCAUGUCAGGCAUCUACAAAAUCCCGCAAACUGUACCUCAUUCAAGGUGCACCGAAAGCUGUCGCCCUGGAUAUGCCAAGGAAAUUCAGGAAGGAAAGCCAAUUUGCUGCUAUGCUUGUGCUCUGUGUGCAGAAGGAACCAUCUCUGCUCAGGAAGAUGCAGAGCAUUGCACCAAAUGUCCAGAAGACCAGUAUCCAAACAAGGACCGAAAUCAGUGUAUCCCCAAGAUUAUCACCUAUCUGUCCUAUGAAGAAUAUUUAGGCUUCCUCCUGGCUUCCUUUGCCCUGUUCUUGUCUUCAGCCACGGGCAUUGUGUUAGGAAUCUUCAUUAAAUUUCAUGACACUCCGAUAGUCAAAGCUAACAACAGGGACCUCUCCUACAUCCUCCUCAUCUCUCUCCUGCUUUCCUUUCUGUCCUCCUUCCUCUUCAUUGGCCAGCCAAGGAAAGCAACCUGCCUUCUCCGACAAACAGCCUUCAGCAUCAUCUUCUCGGUUGCCGUCUCUUCUGUGCUGGCAAAAACCAUCACUGUGGUGCUGGCCUUCCUGGCCACAAAGCCAGGGAACAAGAUGAGGAGAUGGCUGGGGAAAAGUCUGGCAACCUACAUUGUCAUCUUCUGUUCCAGUGUCCAAAUUGUCAUCUGCACCAUCUGGUUGGGGAUCUCUCCCCCAUUCCCAGACUCUGACAUGCACUCCCAGCCUGGAGAGAUCAUCCUGCAAUGCAACGAAGGAUCUGUUGCCAUGUUUUAUACAGGCCUAGGCUACAUGGGCUUCCCGGCUGCCAUUUGUUUCACGGUGGCUUUCCUAGCCAGGAAGCUGCCCGGGGCCUUCAAUGAAGCCAAGCUGAUCACCUUCAGCAUGCUGGUCUUCUGCAGUGUUUGGGUGUCCUUUGUGCCCACCUACCUGAGCACGAAGGGGAAAUACAUGGUAGCCGUGCAGGUCUUCUCUAUCUUGGCCUCCAGUGCUGGGCUCCUGGGCUGCAUCUUCCUGCCCAAGUGCUACAUUAUUGUCCUCAGGCCUAAUCUGAAUACAAAGGAGCACUUGAUGACAAAAACUAAAGAUGGCAUCUGA